CGAAGAAGAGGAGGACGACUUGUGUCCCAGCUGCUCACCACAGCCUGCACUUUACUGCUCAACACCUUUUUAAAACUAUUUUUAUUAGAGUUUGUUUGUGAGGAAUUCCUGCACCAACAUGAAUCCGCCCUGUGGAAGAUGCAAUAAACCAGUUUAUCCCACAGAAAAAAUAAAUUGCCUUGAUAAGUAUUGGCACAAAGGGUGUUUCAGCUGCGAGGUUUGCAAGAUGGCCCUGAGCAUGACGACCUACAAAGGCUUUGAGAAGAAACCUUACUGCAGUAUGCAUUAUCCCAAAACCUCCUUCACCAUAGUGGCCGACACGCCCGAGAAUCUGCGUCUCAAACAGCAGAGCAUGCUGAACAGCCAGGCGCUCUAUAAGGAGGACUUUGAAAAGAACAAGGGGAAAGGUUUCAGCGUGGUGGCCGACACUCCGGAGAUGCAGAGAGUGAAGAAGACGCAAGACCAGAUCAGUAACAUAAAGUACCACGAAGACUUUGAGAAGAGCCGGAUUCGAAGUGACGCACCUCCUCCUGAGAACAGACAAGACUAUGAGGAACAACCGUCCAACCCUCAGAGAUUCAGUCAGCCAGUCGGACCAACGCGCCCUGCUGCUGUAGCACCACCUAGUGGAGAGAGACGCUACCAGGCCGUGUACAGCUACGCGGCAGCAGAAGCAGAUGAGGUGUCUCUGCAGGAAGGCGACCUGCUGUCAGACGUGGAGCAGAUAGACGAAGGCUGGAUGUUCGGGUGCAACCAGCGCACGGGGCAGCGGGGCAUGCUGCCCGCCAACUACGUCCGGCCGGUGUGAGACGAGGACACGCGAGGCGGUCCGUGAAUCUGUCGGCACCAUUAACAGUCAUGCUUCUACUCAAAAUCACCUUUUGAAAAUUAAAAUUAAAAAUUACAAAAACACCGGUUCUGCUCCCUUUUUUUUUUAAGUCUGAAAUUUGUUUAAAUGAGGAAAUAAGAUAUAUGAAGAGAGUCUGGAACAUAAACUCACAAAAGAGGAAGUAAGAGGACAUCAGAGGGAUAACAUUCACAAAACGGAAGAAAUGUUAAAUAAACCUACAGCUUACAAUAAUUCACACUUGUACUUAUUUUCCUCCCAA